CUACUGUGCAAAAAUUAAUUAAAUACUGAUCAUUUAUGAUUUUAUACUGAUUAAAAUCGAAUUAUUUACUGAGCACUUUAUUACUACCCAUAUUUUAUUUGGUGGCCAAUUUUGAUUUAAAAUUAGGGAAUCCCCUGUUCGCUGUCGCAUUUUAGAAACGAGUCUACAUUAAAAUUAGAUACUCAAGGCAAAGGCCUUUUGCCUUUUCAUAAAGAAUGGGUUAGAUUAAUUAUUAGUAUUAUAAAUAAUAAUUAAUCACAUUAAUUACCUACAUAAAAAAGGUAGAUACAGGACCGUAUUUUCUUUUAAAAUUUAUGACAAGAACCUGCAGUUAUAACAUUUAUAACUGACUCAAAAUGAAAAAUUAAAUAACAAAUCACAACAAAAAUUCUAUUUAUUUUUGUAAAUAUUAAAUAGAAUCAUGUUUUAACAAGAACAUUUAACAGCAUCACAUUUUUUGGAGAAAAUGUACCUACGCUAUCGUAACAACAAACAAGCAAUUACAUUUCGUUAGUUCUUUGAAAGCAAAAAAAAAUUAUACCAAACAUAUCUUAUUAUCUCCUUUUUAUUUAAAUAUUUAAUUUAUUUACUAAUAGAUAAGAAAUCUAGAAAUCAUUUAAACAAACCUCUGGCGCAAACAUUUUAUAAACUAAUCAAAGAACUUAUAACUCUGGAGUUCCGGACUUUUUUUUACCAAUUUGUCACUUUUCAUAAGGCUUUUUCUGUAUAGAAAAAAGUGAAGCUUUUGUGUCUAAAUUUGUCAGAGUAGGAUUCAGCAGUAACACAGAUUCAUCUCUUACAUACAAAUCAAGUGUUUUUGCCAGUGAGGUGACUGCAUGAACAAGCGUGAGGUUUAAAAAAAAUUGAUAACAACUGAAAUAUUACAAUAUUUUCAUUUUUAUCGAUUAGUUUAUCAAACUUUCCACGUAAAAUGAUUCACUUUAGAAUGCUUUAAGGUGUUAUCAGUUAUUUCAUUAUCAGAAACACUACAAAUUAAAUUAUUUCAAACUAAUUCUCAGAAAAGAAUGAAACUGAAGUUGUAGCUAAUAAUUAUUUCAACACUGUGAUAUACAGGGUGUCAAUUUUAAAACUUGCAAUCGGCAAUAUCUCUAGAACUGAAAAAGCUAUUGAGGAUCACUCAAAACCACUUACCUUGUCAUUUUGAUUCUCCCUAGAAACCACCAAAACGGUUUUGAGUUAUUCUCAAUAACUUUUUCAGUCAGUGUAUGUUUUAUCUCAUUGUUUGUUUAGAUAAUAUUUUUUUACGAUUUGCACCGUUUCCGUAGAUAUUUACACUUGCAAAACACUUAUCAUUAAUUAAGUUGCCAUUUUUAUUGUCGCCAUAAAUGGGAAAGCAACUUUUUCACAUUAUUUUCCUAGAACAAUAUUGUUAACAUGAAACUGUUUACUGGCCUACUUGCAAAACAAUACAAAGCAAAUAGACAAAAAAAUCAAUAGAUCCACACAAUAUCAGUGAGAAAUUUUCAUUUUCCAACAACUAACAUGGAGGGCCCAUUUGGCUCGAACCAAAGCCGGUCCUGUCUAUUACCUAACGUCAUUCUACUUACGACCUUGAUGACGUGAAGUAAAAAACCUCCGUCUAGUCUCAAGCAAACUGCUUUUUCCAUCCUCGUUCAUUCUCUAACCAAAUUUCUAAUAAGCGUGUUAUCAGUAAGGAAUCGUCAUCCGGUAACCGGGAGGCGUGCCCCAUGCCCUACAUCCUAGUUCGCGGCAACUUGGCGGCCUACGGACAGCGAUACCCCUGGCGAGUCCUUGUCUCCGGCCUCAAAACCGCCGACAUCGAACAGCUCAAUCGCUUCGCCUCCGGGGGCUACUGCGACGACUGCACCAUCGUGUACAUGCAGCACCCCUGCGUGAUCCUCACCGCGCUCGAAGUGCUCGGUUACAAGGUGGUGGCCUCCUCCUCCACCUCCGUCAAGCAGGACUACAACGAGUACAUGUGGACGAUGCGCAAGGAUUUCGCCGAGCCGGAGCCCCCCGUCGGCGACGUUGGCGCCGCCCCUGAGCUCAAAGAGGACUAG